AGGGAGAAAGAGAGAGAGAGAGAGAGAGAGAGAGAGAGAGAGAGAGAGUGUGUGUGUGUGUGAGUGAGUGAGAGAGAGAGAAGAUCACCAUGAGAGAAGGAUGCAGCACUUUGUGUCUCUUUUUUCCCUGCUGAAACUUUCCCACAUUAAACACUUGGACCAUAAAAGGACACACACGCUGCUCCGUGCUCCGCUCCUGCAUCCUCUCUGUAACCCGAGCAGGAGCUCCAGUGGCCGGCAGGAGGAUGUCUGACCGCCCGGAGACACCCAGCUGACCCUAGCCUCCACCACCUGCUGCUCCGCGAGCUUCCCGCUCAAACCGAGCCCGGCACGAGCGCUCUUCACAGCCAUGGAGUUAGACCAGAAACAAGGCCGGGAAAACUUAACAGAAAAAUAAACCAAACUGCGACCUGCUGAGGAAGAAAGAAAACUCACGCUCAUGUCUGCUUAGGCGAAUCCCUUAAAAACAUAAAUUAAUCAAAUAUUGAACUUUAAGACUUUAUUAAACCCCGAGAAGGAACAAUCUGUUCUCUGGACCCCCUCAUCAUGGAUCUGUGGACUAACUCCUCCGCGGUCCUCUACCCCGGGACACAGGCUCCACUGCCGGACUCCAACUCCUCCAUCAACCGCUCCGCCGGCUCCCAGCACGUCCCCGCCCCGCUGGACCUGCGCCGGGCGGUGCCGGUAGGCAUGGUGCUUGCCUUCUUCAUCAUGUGCGCCAUCGUCGGGAACAUCCUGGUCAUCCUGUCGGUGGUCUGUAACCGACACCUGCGGACCGCCACCAACUACUUCAUCAUCAACCUGGCCAUCGCCGACCUGCUGCUGGGGACCACCGUGCUGCCGGUGUCCGCCACGCUGGAGAUUCUGGAUUACUGGGUGUUCGGUCGUAUCUUCUGUGACAUCUGGGCGGCGGUGGACGUAAUGUGCUGCACGGCGUCCAUCAUGUCUCUGUGCGUCAUCUCCAUUGACCGCUACAUCGGCGUGCGCUACCCGCUGCAGUACCCCACCAUCGUCACCGAGAAGAGGGCGCUGCUCGCCAUGCUGGGCGUCUGGAUCCUCUCCACCGUCAUCUCCAUCGGCCCGCUGCUGGGCUGGAAGCAGCCGCCGUCACAGGACGACACCGUGUGUGUGAUCACCGAGGAGCCGUUCUACGCCCUCUUCUCCUCGCUCGGCUCAUUCUACAUCCCGCUCUUCGUCAUCCUCGCCAUGUACUGCCGCGUCUACGUCGUGGCCAAACGCACCACCAAGAACCUGGAGGCCGGCGUGAUGAAGGAGCGUCAGGAGAACUCCAACGAGCUCACCAUGAGGAUCCACUGCAGGAACCAGCAGGCGCAGGAACCCGGGGCGGCCGGGGCCUCCACAGCCAAGAGCUCGCUCAGCCUCAAACUACAGAAGUUCGCCAGGGAGAAGAAAGCUGCGAAGACGUUGGGCGUGGUGGUCGGCAUGUUCAUCCUCUGCUGGCUGCCGUUCUUCAUGGCUCUGCCUCUCGGCUCGUUCAGCAGCAGCCUCCGGCCUUCUGAAACGUUCUUCAAAGUGAUUUUCUGGUUGGGAUACUUCAACAGCUGCCUGAACCCUGUCAUCUACCCGUGCUACAGCCGCGAGUUCAAACAGGCGUUUAUCCGGAUCCUGCGCUGUCAGUGGAAGAAGAAGCGUCGCAGUUGGCAGCCAAAUUAUAACUCUCGCUCUCGUCAGAGCUCCAACAACUCGUCCUUCCAAAAUGGCUCCCAGCAGACGCUCUCCUCCGUCAGUGCCAGCCCAGGCUGCGUUAACUCCAAACUCCGCCCCCCACAACGCUCCUCUGACAGGGAACUCCUCCCUGGCUCGGCAGGAAGAGGUCGACUGAGCCCAGUGUCCCCGCUCGCUAUGAAUGCUGGGACGGCAUCAGGGGUCAGUGUGGGGAAAUGAUUGAGACUGUCAGAGAACGCCAUGCAGGGAUACUUUCUGUUGACUCCGGUGGCCAGCCCACCAUGACAGGAAGUGGUUUUAGAACGCUCUUAAGACAAACAGGCAUCACUGCUGACAUCACUGCUGACAUCACGAGACGCUCUGCUCACUGAGGAGUCGUUCAGGUGUGAUGAUGGUGGUCAGAUUGUUCUCACUGACUCCGCCUCCUCACCUGGACCAGUUGCACAAACAUCACCUGAACGCUCCACCUCCUCAAACCUUUUCACCUCUGACCUUUGAAAACAGCAACAUCAGCGAGCUCAUUUUAGCUUGAAGCUAGGGUUAGCUUCAAGGUUAGCCUAUCAUAGCUUUCACGUGACGUUACACGCUUCCUGGCGGCCGAGAAAGACUUCCUACUGUUGCACGCCACAGUGACGUUACCAGUUUUGUAUGUUUUAAACUUAAGACAGUUGUUGUUGAAUGUGACGCUCUAACCAGCGAGGAGACGAGCCCGGGUUCUUCUUCUACAGAAUGUUGGACAGAAAACCCGGAGAGGAGGAGAUCGUGGAUUAACGCUGUUAGACGCUCUGCGGUCCCUGAGAGGGAACGAAAGACUUCUCGCCACCCUGACAUCAGAUACUGUGUUCACUUGAUCUAAAUACUCCUGCCUUUAACGAACCCAGAACUCUGACUGACAGAGGCGGGGAUACUGUUACUAUGGUUAGCUUACGAUAGCUAGCUAUCAGAUCCAUGAGCAGGUUUUAGCUGCUAAUCAUGCUAGCUGCUCUUUAGGUUUCACAGACUGAUGACAUGAGCGGCGAACACGAGGAGGUCAUGGGAGCUUAACGUGUCAAACUUUUAUCUGAUGGUUAAAACCCGCCUGUAAACAGCAGCAGCGUCGUUAUCUGAGCUAGCUAAAUGUAAGCGUGCUAAUUUUAGCUGAACAUCUGUAAGAUGUGUUCGUAAUGAUUCACUGGUCGUACCUUUCGUACGUUAGCUUAGCAUGUUUCAGUGACGUGGGCUUGUUUAGGACAGGACAUUUAUUUUGAAAAUCUUC